AUGUCGGACCAGUGCACAAUCUGUAUCUGCGAAUAUACAGAGCCGGCCUCUAUUCCAUGCGGACAUGUCUAUUGUUUGCAAUGCCUAACCGACUAUAUCUCGUCGAGCAGCCCCGAUGGACUCACAGCUGCAUGUCCAACCUGUAGAACCGAGUUUUCUAUUGGUAUGACGUUCACGCAUCUCCACGCUCUCUCUAAGCAGUUCCAUCGCUAUAUUAUCCCAAGCAUCCGGCGCGUCUUUAUCGAACCAAACCCUUCAGAGUCCUACGAAGAGCUCAAACAGAAAUUCGAAGCAUCCGAGGCACGCAAUGCCACCCUCAAGCAAGAGAACCGCGAGCUUCAGAAAUCCUGCGGAAAGUAUAUGGCCGACGCCGUUAAGCAUGCGAGAGGAGAGAGAGCUGCGAAGGAUGAGGCAGCAAGGCUCGACCAACAGUUUGAGAUGGAAAAGAAGAAGACGAAGAACGAAAUAGCACGCUUGCUUCAGGCGUUAGAUGAUGCACGCUCAGAAGCGAUCAUAGCGAGGUACGUGGGCUGACAAUCUUUACCAUCGAUCUGAACCUUUUGAACUAGGCCGCAUUCACCUCCUGUUCCUAGCAACAAUACUGCUAGUACCAAGCGCGCUCGGUUCGAUAGCAGCAGCUCUGAUGUAGACGAGGAGUCGUCUCAGGAUCAUCUGACCCACUCUCUCCCAUGUCGUGUCAU